UUGCGAUGAAUGUGGAUAUCGGUACCAAAAGGAAAGUGGUAUACAGUGAAAAUAAUGUUUGGUUGGAGACCACACCCUUUAAAGUGGAAAACUUAAAAGACUGCUCAAAUCAGGACUUGAGAUACAUUAUCAAGAAAAUCCAACAUGAGAAAGAUAAAGAAGAUGAGACUACUAACACUUCUUCAACUACGCCUACGGAUGGCAAGAAAGAGACAGAAAGCAGCAACGUUGAUGAUAGCACUUCUUCGCCAACCAGCUCUUCAACAACCAUUGAUGAUAGAACUUCGACUAAUGCACCUUAUAGCACUGUUGAGAACCCACGCUCUGGCAAUGAUAGUGAUGAAGACGGCUACGCCAGUGAUAGAAACGAACGCUCAGACUCACGCUCUGGCAAUGAUAGCAAUAACCAUAACAGCAACGAACGCUCAGGUGGCAACAACGUUGAUGAACGCUCAGACUCACGCUCUGGCUACGGCAGUUCACAUGAAAGCAAUGAUAAUAGCAAUAGCUCUGGGAGUGAUGAAGACGGUGACAAUAAGGAUGAAAUCCUACCGGAUAAAGAAGAUGAGACUACUAACACUUCUGAGAAGUCUUCUUCAACUACGCCUACGGAUGGCAACAAAGAGACAGAAGCAAGAACUGUUCGUUCAGAUGGCAAUGGCAGCUACUAUGAUAGCACUUCUUAUAGCACUGUUGACACUCAACAUACGGAUGACCAUGAUAGUGAACCAGAGAAUAGCUCCCCUGGCAACGAUAGCAAUAACAACAAUGAUAAUAGCUCUGGUAACGGCAAGGGAUGGUCCUUAGAGAAAGAAUAUGAUAACAAUUCUGGGAGUGACAAUAAGAGUUGUACCCCUCCUGAGAACCAUUCUUCAAGUGAUUCAGACAACAAUAACAAUAGGACUUCUUCGCCUACCACAACUAACAGUUCUUCAGGAUGGGAUGCACUUGUAAAAGAGAUGAAAAGAGAAAAAGAACAAAAAGAAAGAGAUACAACUUCUUCAACUAGCAGCACUUGUGAGCCUACUUCUACCUAUGCGCCUACUGCAAAUGAUUACACUACAGCGCGAAACGUAGAUGAUUAUUCUCAACGUGACACCAUAGGAGAAAAUGAAUUGAUUGAACACUAUGUUAUUAGAAUGGAGAACAAAGAUAGAGUGAAAGAGAUCUGGGAUCGCAAAGCAAGAGCAGAAGAAAUGCUGAGCAAACUCAAUUCAGACAAUGUAUACAACCCUAGAACAAGAAAUUAUUGGAAAGAUGAAAUCAGGUGUGUAAACCGGGCCUAUGCUAUCUUCAAGACCCAGAAGGACAUCAGGGAAGGUAAGACAACAGUAGAAGAUAUUACACUAUCCAACUGGUAUGCUGGGGAUUAUUCUGCGGAUAUUCCUUAUCCCUAUGAUCCAGACGUUAAGAUACUUCUUGACAAAUUCAAGGAUAAAGAAAAAGCACAACACGUAUGGCUAUGGAAAGAGAGAACCCAUAUGGAGCUAAAAAGAGAAGCUGAGAAGGGAGAUAAUGCUGACCAACGACUUUUGAUGUUGUACAAAUAUCGUAUAGCAUGUGUCAAGGUCGCUUACUCUAAAUACAUGGAUAGUCAACAAAUGGAUGGAGACGAAAGACUCGAAUCUUUAGCAGACUUCCUACCCUCUAAUGAUAGCUAUGAUUAUGAGAGCAAUGGCAGCUACUAUGAUAGCUAUGAUGUAGAGAGCAAUGGCAAGAAUGAUGAUUCUAGCUUAACUACAAGUGUAAACGAUACCACUACAAGCGAAGACAGAGUAACCAACGAUUACACUACAAGCUCGAGCAAUGACAGCUACUACGAUAGCUCUUCUUCCAUUGAUAUAAGUGCGCAGGAGCUGGAUAGAAGUUCAGAUAAGACUGAUGAUCAUACGCAAGAACAAAGAGAUAAUGCUCAUCUUUCAGAACCCUUUAAGCGCGACAAAGAGGUCGAGCAUCUUGAGAAGAAUCAAGAUGAUCCAUAGAUAAGCGGCAGAAAGAUCUUCUAUUAUAGACACCUACUUAUAUUAUAUACAAUCAAAUCGAUCUUCUCCACGUUCUAUCGUGCCAUCAGGUGCAAUACGAAAGACUUUCUUUACAGGACCUAUUCUCGAGUACAUACAUCCUAAAGUAUCGAUAGACUUUAUAUACCCGUUGACUAGCUCAAGAUCUACCAGCAGAUCUUCUAUACCGAAGAAAGCCUUUUCUUGUUCAUUGUCUUUAAUAAAGAUAAAAACGGUAUCAUAAUACCUCUCAAACUCAAUACUAGGAUACUUUCGAGCAAAGCCAGGAUCAAAGCUUUCGGCCAAGUAUAGAUUGAAUAAGACUCUGCAUAUUUCACCUAGAGUUGGUAUACCAUAAGGAGAUGGUGGAUGAUACAUAUCCUGAUGUAAAAUAUUGAGUUCCAUCAACUGAGAUAUGAGUCUAUAGACAGACUUAUCAUGAAGGAUAGGUGACAGCGUCUCUAAUAAAUGAGUUUUAGGAAUGAAAUUCAAGGAUUCAUCUAAUUCAAUUGAGUACAACCUUUGAACCCUUAUACCUAGAAGACUUUUAUAAAAAGCCUCGAUACUUGAUCGAUUCAAUAUUCGGUAAUCAUCAUUUAGCGGUAAGCUACCACAGAGAAACGAUAUAAGAAACGUGCUAAACCAGUGUAGACCACGACAUCAUCCUUAUGCGGUAAAAGAACCUCUAUAGAACCACGAUGACGUCGACUUUUGCGAAACAUGAUAUCAGGAUAAGAUGAUAUAAGUACUUCGGCAUAAUACUUUGAAAAAGCAUACUCCGGGAUGAGAAGAUAUCUUAGUGGAGAUAGAUGGACUCAUCCGAACAUAUUUGUUGUAGAAUUGAUUCUAAUUGAUCAAGAGGCAUAGACCAACUUGUAGUUGUCGUUAAAUCGUUAUGAACAAAGAGAAUAUCUUCCAAUAGCUGUUGGCGUGUACAUAAAGACGAGUUAAAGCGCUUUAGAAUACAAUAUCCAUAUCCAUUAGAUAGAUAAUGGUUUUGAGAACGUAAGACGUUAGACACACUAAGUGAAUGAAGUACAAUGCCCAUUUUUUUCCUUCUAUACAUUGUUCAUUACAUUACUCAUAUCUACUACACCUGUAGUAAUUAUGAAGGCAAUCAUUAAGCCUAAACAUACAUUCCGAAGAACCACACCACUAGCCGGGAUAUUCAUCUCAGAAAACGGGGGAACAUUCACAAAUGUUGAUUUGAUCCUCUCAGACAUAUCCUUUUGAGCUGUAAACUCAACACAAUUGUA